CAAUUCAUAAAUGGCCGCGAGCUCCCGCCGUCGUCGACUUAUUCUUCCUACGUUCUUCCCUACUCAUUCUAUCCUCAUACUUGCGUAAUUGAGUUUCUCCUGAGAAGCUCAGAUCAGACCAGCAACCUGCUUAACCAACAAGCUUGAAUACGUUAUAAUUAUCCCUCGAACUACUCACCUUACCCAACAUACCAAGCCUACGGCUGUUUUAGUCCAAUUGGAUAAAGCAUAAAUAACAAACUUCAAAAUGGUAUUAUUAGCCCGCUCCCUCUCUUCCUGCUGCACUCGUCCCGUCUCUACGCGGGCGUUCUCUACAGCCACGGCAGCAGCUCGUUCUGUUAGCAAUGCUCGACCGCUAGGCGCUGGCCUGACGUCACGGUCAGCCCCGGCGUUCAAGAGUCCUCUAUUCCACCACCCUCCCUCGCCACGAAUUCCCGCUACGACGCGUUUACUGACUACGAAACGUGAAAAGGUCAAAGUUCUAGCCGUUCUAUACGAUGGAGGUAUCCACGCCCAACAGGUGCCCGACCUACUGGGAACAACCGAGAACGAACUAGGCAUCCGAAAAUGGCUCGAAGACCAAGGUCACACCCUCGUCACAACCUCCGACAAGGAGGGCGAGAACUCCACCUUCGACAAGGAGCUCGUAGACGCUGAGAUCAUCAUUACCACUCCGUACGUGACCUAUUACCCAAUACCUAGUAUCCCAGCGUUACCUCCUAGCUAUGCGGAGAUAGAAGAAAAAAAUUAGAAAAAUACAAGGAUAAUGGCCCCUGGACUAACAAUACCCUCAGCUUCCACCCCGGCUACCUAACCGCCGAGCGGCUGGCCAAGGCCAAGAACUUGAAGCUCGCCAUCACGGC